AUGACUGUGAUAAUUUUUCUAGUGGACAAUGGUCCACUGAUGUUGCAGCAGACGAUGCUGAAUGAGGUGCGCUAUUCCUACAUAAAUCUCGCGAAACGGAUGGUUGAAUCGAUGCUGAAGCUUCGUGAGUCACACGAGAAUAGAAAGCUCGAUCGGUACAUGCUGCUAACGUACGACACACCGCCGAACCACGUAAAGGCGGGCUGGAAGGAAAGCAAGGACCAGUUUAACGAGGCAUUGAAAAAUUUGCAGUGCACUGGAAGCGUUCCAGAAACGGUUGCCCUUGAUAAUGCGUUCGAGCUGCUCAACCAGGAGCGUAGAACGGUUGGCAUGGAUACGUACGGGUGUGGAAGAAGUCCGUCCAAUACUAUGUAUAGUUUUGUCAUACUCAUUACAAACUAUCGUCCCAACCCGGUAAUCAUCGAAGAGCCAAUGACGCCGCCUCACCUAACCUUAACUGGACCGCCAUUGACGAAGGAAUCGUUUCGCUGGGAUCAGCGACUGUUCGGCUUGAUUCUAGGAAGUACCGUGUGUACGCCAUUUGUUUCGCAAUUUUGUCGCAAAACGGGUGGAUGGUGCAUGGCGAUUAACAGCAAGAAAUGUUUGCAUCGCUCUAUCGCGAAGGUAAUGAAUAGCCUGAAGCUAGAGCUGAUGGUAGAUUUUGUACAUGAAGCUAAAAAGUCCAACGAAACCGGAGAUUUAUCUACCAUUGAGCUGCACACAACGAAGUGUGCCAUCGCCUGCUGUAGCAAGAAGAGUUGGUGGCCAUUUCCCGAAUCGUAUUGGCUGAGGGAUGGUCAAACCACACUAACUCCACGCGAUGCGCAUCCGGUGGUGCGCAUACUGUCCAAGUGUUGCACCGAACCAGUAUGGAGUGUCGGUGUUCCGAUCGAUAGAUACCAGCUGAGGGUAUGCAAGGAACACGAUACCACCACCUUGCCUGUAAUGGACUACGGCAAGGUAUGGCCUGUGGAGAUCGUAUCGACCAUGGACCAGGUAGAGCAACCCUUCGGCUACCUUAAAAAAGAGUCGAAUAGAAUAUUUCUCUACGUACUACCGUACGACUACAUGGCACUAAAUCGCUUGUUGACGGACAAUCGUACUCAGUUAAAUGUACCAAACAGACAAUUGCAUUACGCUUUGAAGCACUACAUUUCCACAGUGCCCAAGUACUACUGUUUUUACUUACGCAAAGCGUUAACGGGGAUAGUGGAGGAAUCCAUGCUCAGAGGGUUAAUACCACCCGAUAAGAUGUACUUUCUGAAUGCUGCCCUAUUCAAUCAGCUGGUCCAUUUACAACACGAAGCUCAAAAAAGCCGCUUUCAUCUGUGCAGCUACGUGGCGCAGCAGCUAAUCCCUUCUGUUACUGUAGCUAAACCACCGGAAACGAUCGAACGACUUAAUUUACAAAAACUAUUCGACGAGGAAACGGUAAAGGAAAAUAAGCCACUAUACUUGCAACCCGUCGUGCUACCCACCAUGACCGAACGAACAACACCAAACUAUCGCAACCCGUACACUUUUGAUCGACGCAAUCUGCUCGAUACGUAUAAUCUCUUACGAAACACGUUCUAUUAUCCGGAUACCGUCGUUAACUUACGACGGAAUGCUCCUCAAGCCAGUGUGCCCACGCUACGUACGCCCAUUGACAGUAAGGAGCUAGUGGCGGAAGUUGUACAAUAUCAACGGCAGCAUCCUGACAGGCGCACACCUACAAAAAGGAAACCGAAUUCUACGCAACAGAAUCUGCCAAAAGUCAAGAAAUUUUGCUUGACUGACAUAUAG